AUGACAGGUCUUGAAGGUUCUUCGGCAUGCAAAGUGACGAGUGACAGCAGUCUUUUAGGAUGGAUGAGACAUGUAUCCGAUUUUCGAUCGGAGUGGUCUGAGGUGGCUUACCUUGUGGGUGGGUCUGUAGAAAGAGAUUCGCUCGUUGUCGUCUAUCCCAUUGCUCUUAUUAUAGUGGUUGACAGUGGCUUUUGUAAGUCUUGCCCCUGGGCUCCGGUGGUUGCCUUAAUGGACAAGUGGAGAGCAAUGGACCAACCAGAAUCAAGUAAAAAUCAUCAAAAGAUCAAGCACGCUAGAAGAAGAACCUGGAAGAUGAAAAUCAAAGCCAAAAUCGAACAUUUUCUUUGGCGAGGAGUCAACAAUAUCCUUCAUGUACUCAGCAACAUCAAAACCAAAGGAUUGCAGGUCGACCCAAUUUGUAAAUUUUAUGGUGAAGGGCCAGAGACAUAA